AUGUCUCUCCAAGUCAACGACAGCGGCCGUCGUGGCCGAUCCAGGUCACCCUCGGGCCGGGAGCGGGACCGCUCGUCCUCCCGCAUCGAGCGAUCCCCGUCCGGUCGCGAUCGGGAACGUGACCGUGAUUACGAGCGCGACAGAGAGCGCGAUCGCGAUCGCGAGCGUGAUGACCGCGACGACCCCCACAUUGUGACUGCCGCCCCCUACCCGGGUUCCUUCCCCGGCGACGAUGACGGCCCCAAUGGCAACGACGACGACCCGCGCAAAUCUGUUCGUAUUCUCGACUACGAUGACUACCGGGGCAACGCCACCCAGCCGCCACCAUCUUCAUCGGGACGAGGAGGCGGACCGCCCCCACACAGCGGCGACCCAAGAUACCGCUCAUCCAAGUAUGACGAGGACGAUGACGCGGACGUACGCUACGGCGACCGUCGCCGUGAGAAGGAAAGCAGCCGCGACCAUGACUAUGAGCGUGGUGGAUACGAACGAGAGCGUGAGCGCGAGCGCGAGCGUGAACGUGACCAGGACAAGGGCAGAGACGAGCCUGCGAUUGCUGCCGACAAGUUUGCUUUCUUGCCCGCCAAAUAUGCCAAGAAAGUUGAAGCCGCCGGGCCGGCUCGGGACAAGCCGUCGCCAUCGUCGCAUGGCGGCCGAGAGCCGGAACGUGACACGCGUGAUCCCAGAGACUCUCGGGACCACCGUGAACCGCCACGCGGCUAUGACGACGAGCGCCCGAGCGAUCGUACCCGCCCGGGAGCCGGACCUGGCACAGGACGCCGCCAUAGAGGCAGCGGCAGCGAAGAGGACGACACGGACGAUGAUGACGAGGGCCUCGCCUACGGACACGGCGGCGUUCCCAGUGGCAAGUCGGCAGGAAAGCCGUCCUACGGCUACAGUGGUGAGCCGAAGCAGUAUGAGUACGCCAAGUCGGACAGGUACGCGUCCUACGGUGAUGAUCGAGAGCAUGGUGCUGGCCGGGGCGGUGGACGGGACCCGCAUGUUGUGACGGCGGAGCCUCGGGACCCGCGCGAUCCGAGAGAUCCCAGAGACGCUCGUGACCCCAGAGAUCCGCGGAGCUCCAGAGAAUCCUUUGAUGGCCGGAGUGGCCGUGAUCUCAGAGACCCACGUGACCCCCGUGAUCCUCGCGAUCCCAGAGAUGCCAGAGAUCCUCGUGAUCCUCGUGAUGGUCGCGACCCUCGCGACCCUCGCAGUUCGAGAGAGUCGUUUGACGGCAGAGGUUCCCGCGAUCCGAGAGACACCCGGGACCCCAGAGAACCCAGAGACCCCAGAGACCCUCUUGAUAGUCGUGAUCCCCGCGACCCGCGUGACCCGCGUGACCCGCGCGACCCACGCGAUCCACGUAACUCCCGAGAGUCGCAUGACACCCGAGAUGACCCUCACUACGAAGACGAACGAGCAUCCAGGCACUACCGUGACGACCCCCGUGAUCCUCGCGAUCUUCGUGCAGAGCCCCAAGCCGAUCCUCGUGAUCCUCGCUCCAGCGGCAGCAACAUUCUGUCUGUUGAGCCCCCUCGUCGCCGUGAACGGUCGCGGUCACCCAUGCCGACCAAGGGAAUGGAGCGUUUGUCGGUAAACACGCUGUCCGUUGGUUCUGCACACCACGCUCCUGGCGGUUCUUUGUCUGCUGCCCCGGGCUCGCCCAUGCAGGAAGCCUACCACGGCACGUACCAGUCCAUGUCGCCCAUGCCGUCGCCGCUCAUGCUGGCCUCGAACAGCCCGCACGGUGCCGGAGACGUCCAGGUUAUGGAUAUCAACGGUCCUGAGCCCGACGAUGAAGACUCUCCGUCAGCCACGAGAGGGCUUGGCGGUGGUGGUGACGGUGGUGACAAGAUUCGGCGCCGUGCGCGAUUCUACGACCCAGAGGACGACGCCCAGCGGCUGGCGAAAGCCCUGCGCGGCGAACGUCACCCACCCGACACGGGCCCGCUCAUCGAGAUUCUGCCAGGCCUCACGCACGACCAGGUCAUGGAGCUGCGCACGGAGUACAAGCGCAUCGUCAAGACGGGCACCGAGCGGAAGGGUGUCAACAUUGCCAAGCACAUCCGCGCGCGCCUCAAGGACGAGGACCCAGCGCUGAUGAAGGUGUGCUAUGCGACAGCACUCGGUCGCUGGGAGAGCGAGGCCUACUGGGCCAACUUUUGGUACCAUGGCGACAAGACGCGCCGCGAGCUGCUAAUCGAGUCGCUCAUGGGCCGCACCAACGACGAGAUCCACCACAUCAAGAAGAGCUUUACCGACAAGAAGUACGGCGACAGCAUCGUCAAGUGUAUGCGCACCGAGCUCAAGGAGGACAAGUUCAAGCGGGCCGUGCUCUUUGUGCUGGACGAGCAACGCAUGGAAGAGGUGGGUCGUGAUGGUCGCCCGCUGCCGCUGGACCGCGGUCUGAUCGAAGAGGACAGCGCCACGCUGCACCACGCCGUGCGCGCCGAAAAGGGCGGCGAGACGGCCAUGAUCAACGUCGUCGUACAGCGCAGCGACGCACACCUACGCGAGGUCCUGCGCAUCUACAGCGCUCAGUACCAGACCAACUUUGCCCGCGACUGUCUCAAGAAGAGUGGCAACCUUGUUGGCGAAAUGCUGGCACACAUUUUGAACGGCGUCAUCAACAAGCCCGUCCGCGACGCUCUGUUGAUCCACCACGCUCUCACCACCUCCAAACGCGACGAGCUGCGCCGCGAGCUCCUAAUCUCCCGGCUCGUCCGCUUCCACUGGGACGGCCACCACAUGGCCGCUAUCAAGGCUGCCUACCGCAGCCGCUACAACAAGGACAUGCAGGAGGCCAUCCGCGAGGCCACUGGCAGCUCGGACUGGGGCCUGUUUUGCCGCGAGCUGUGCAUCACUCGCGUGCCCGACGAUGUGAAGCGCGUUGAGCGUAUCUCGGAGAUCCGGCGCGACGACCGAGACUAG